AUGGAUACACCAUUUCUACCAAGAAUGUUCUAUGGACCUGGGGGACCUUAUGCAUUGUUUGCUGGAAAGGAUGCUAGUAGAGCUCUUGCCAAGCUGUCCUUUGAGGAAAAAGAUCUCACAGGGGAUAUUUCUGGCCUUGGUGCAUUUGAGCUUGAUGCCUUGCAAGAUUGGGAGUACAAAUUCAUGAGCAAAUACGUCAAAGUUGGGACUGUGAAGCAGGCAGUGCCAGUAAAUGAUGGGGAAGCUAAUGACGGAUCUGUUGAAGGAACUGAUGGUGAAGCUAAGCCAGCCGAGGGUGAUGCUUCAGGGAAUGCCAAGCCAUUGGAAGAUGAUGGUCCAUCAAAAGGUUCCGAGGCUGGUGCUGAUGGUCCUUCAGAGACGGUUGCUGCUGAAUCUGUGGUCAAAUCUGAGGCUGACGUCGACAAGAAAGACUAA